ACCCAAUUAUUUACCCACGCGGAAUCGACCCGUAGUUUCCUCUUCAGCCCGUCGCUCCUCCCUUGGAUAGUAGGGCUAGAACAGAGUCUUUGAGCCUCCCAAUCUAACGCAGAGGCCUAAUUUGCUUUCUUCUCAGUCUCUCUCAAACGCCAUGUCUCAGAUCGAUAACAGAAAUUCCUCUGCAGCCAAGCGGGCUAGAACUGAUGGUAGUCGCAGGGAAGAUGAUUGGACAUGUCCAAGUUGUGGCAAUGUCAAUUUUUCAUUCAGGACAACUUGCAAUAUGCGUAACUGCACCCAGCCCAGGCCAGCAGAUCAUAACUCAAAAUCUGCUGCCAAGCCAAUGCAACCCCCGCAGAAUUACUCAUCUUCAGCUCCUUAUGUAGGUUCUGGUGCACCUUCUUCAAUGUAUAUGGGUGUGCCUCCAUAUGGUUCAUCCCUUUUCAAUGGAUCUUCUAUUCCUCCAUAUGAUGUUGCAUUUCCUGGGGGAUCAGCUUAUCAUUAUAAUUACAGCAGCCGCCUUUCUGCUGGCAGUCCUUAUAGGCCACUGCAUAUGUCUGGACCACCUCCUUAUUCUGGUGGAUCUAUGAUGGGGAGUGGUGGGAUGUAUGGCAUACCACCCUUGAUGGACCGGUAUGGAUUGGGUAUGCCAAUGGGCCCUGCUGCCAUGGGGCCUAGGCCAGGCUUCUUUCCAGACGAUAAAUCUCUGAAAAAGGGUGCAGAUGCAACACGGGAUAAUGACUGGACCUGUCCAAAAUGUGGGAAUAUCAACUUCUCUUUCAGAACUGUUUGUAACAUGAGGAAGUGCAAUACUCCAAAGCCAGGAUCCCAGGCUGCAAAGUCAGAGAAAAAUUCCAAACAAAAAAUGCCUGAUGGAAGCUGGAAGUGCGAGAAAUGUAACAACAUAAACUAUCCGUUCAGGACCAAGUGCAAUAGACAGAAUUGUGGGGCUGAGAAACCCGAUCAAUCAAAGAAGUCCCCUUCACCAGCGGAAGAUGAGAAUGAUCAGUGAGUACUAGGACAUGUCUGAGGUUUGAGAAGGUCCAGGGUUGUCGUCCAGCAUUGCUCAAUAUGGGUGUCUGAAAGUCAGUAGUGUCGUCCUCAUGUUGCAGCGGUUGUCAAGUUACUCUACCUUCUCAUGAUGUCUGUCAAGUUGUUGUAUUACUUGAGAUGAUAUUUAUGGUCUUUAUGGAUAUUUUUAUGCAUCAUGUGUCUGCCAGCUUGUUCUGGCAAACAUUCUGCAGGUUGGUUUUGGUUUACUGUUAGUUAGGCUUUUGUAAUUUUUGGCAUCUACUCAUCUAUUCUAGUGGGUAUGCUACCAUGAACUUAGAAUACUGCAGGCAGCAUUUUUCAUGUU